AUUUUACAAUAGUGUAAGAUCUUCGAAAUUCUGAAAGCUAAGUUGGCGCUAUUGAUAUUUAUUUCGUAAAAUGUAAAAUUCCUAAAUGCCUAUGAAAUUAAAUUUACAAAUUCGAAAGUUGUUUUGGGAAAUCGAUUUCAAGCAAAUAACUGCAUUUUAACCCUCCCCCUAUCUUAUUCUAAAAAAAAAUCAAAUUAAAAUAUCAAAGAUGCCCUUGUUUGGUAAAUCACACAAAAGUCCUUUGGAAUUGGUCAGGAAUUUGAAGGAAGCUUUGGUAAUAUUGGAGAAAGGCGAUAAAAAAGUUGAUAAGGCCACCGAGGAAAUAUCCAAAACAUUGGCUUCCAUGAAAAACAUGCUUUAUGGAUCGGGUGAUCAAGAGCCUCACGCCGAAACGGUAGCUCAACUAGCCCAAGAGAUCUACAACUCCAACCUCAUUUAUUUACUCAUCAAAAACUUAUCCAAAAUCGAUUUUGAAAGUAAAAAAGACGUAACUCAAAUUGUCAACAAUCUACUGAGGAGGCAAAUAGGUAUGCGAUAUCCUACUGUUGAUCAAAUUUACAUCAAAAAGGAAAUAUUAUUCACCCUUUUAAAAGGUUACGAAAGUCAAGAUAUAGCCUUAAAUUGUGGCAUGAUGUUGCGUGAAUGUCUGAGACACGAGCCUCUAACUCAAUUGAUAAUUAUAUCCCCAGAUUUUUAUAAUUUUUUUGCUUACGUAGAAGUACCUACUUUCGAUAUAGCUUCAGACGCCUUCGCCACUUUCAAAGACUUAUUAACCCGUCAUAAAUUUUUAGCAAGCGAAUUUCUGGAAAACAAUUACGACAAAGUAUUCAGUCAAUAUCAAAAUUUAUUAACGUCCGAAAAUUAUGUUACUCGAAGACAAUCCCUUAAGCUUUUAGGAGAAUUAAUUUUAGACCGGCAUAAUUUCAAUGUUAUGACACGUUACAUUAGCAACCCGGAAAACUUGAAGUUAAUGAUGAACCUCCUCAAGGACAAAAGCCGCAACAUUCAGUUCGAAGCCUUUCACGUUUUCAAGGUGUUUGUUGCAAAUCCUAACAAAACUAGACCCGUCGCUGAGAUAUUGAUCAGAAACAGAGAUAGGCUUGUCGAGUUUCUCUCUAAGUUUCAAAAUGAUCGAACUGACGAUGAACAGUUCAACGAUGAAAAGGCUUAUCUUGUCAAACAGAUCAAGGAGCUUAAAGUUCCAAAUCUUCCCCUUACCACAACCACCACGAUAAUGGGUCCGGGUUCUACUACGCUUAAUGAUUCUAGUAAUUUUUUAGGAAAAUCUAAUUCCGAAAAUCUCACCGAUAUUAAUGUAGCUUCUAAUAGUUCAAGCGUAAAUGUUGGUAAUAAUUUCAAUGCAAGUAUUCUAAAUACCGGUGGAUCAGGGGUUAGGAAUAAUGGUAACUCGGAAGAUAGAAAAGAUGAUUCUAGGGGCAAAUAACAAACAUAAUUAAAUUCGUUAAUUACAAACACAUAAUAGAAAAAACAAUCAUUUUUUUUAUCAAGCUAGGCUUCAUUAUAAAUAAACGUCCUCACAUAAUUCUUUAAGGUGUGCUAAAUUAUUAUUUUUUUUAAAUAUUAAACCUGUAAAAAUGUAUCUUUGUUUAGCGUCUCCUUUUGAAAAUAAUAAUAAUUGUUUAUUAUCAACAAACCUUUGUGAUAUUUACAAAAGAAACGAAUGAAUAUGUCUAAUUUUUGCAGCCGCUUGAAAUGUUUUAAAUCUUUAGUUUUUAAAAAAAUGGUUUUUAUUAUUUUUUUGGAAAUGAUUUUAUUACCACAGCAAAAUAAUCAUUUGAAAUAAUAUUAGCAAAAAUCAUCUUAACAAUAUUUAUAGUUAAAUACAUUAUGAAAGAAGUCAAUUAAUUUUAUUUUAUGAUCCUCGUGCAGGUGAGGCCAAUUAGCACCCACAAACAUCUUUUAUGGAUUUCUUUUUAUGAUCUACCUUACUUUUUUUAAGAUUAGUUAUUUAAAAAAUUAAGGUUGUAACAAAGUGGUUAGUUAUUUUUUAUUACAAAGAUGUGUUACAAGGAAAAAAAAUAUGAUAUCUAUCAAUAGAUCGCGAUUAUAUUUCUCAGCAUUUGUCAAACUUUUUAUAUACCAUAUAUUAUAAUAUUUUCAUGAAGUAUGUUAUAUUUAUUUUUUUCUAAAUAAAAUAGUAUUCUAGGCCGACUA